GUAUAGAAUUAAAAUACGACAAAAUAAGUAAUAAUGUAGAACCAACUCGCGAGUAUACAUCAUUUUGUAUUUUAAUUUAGGCAAGGUUUUGCUCGAGAAUGUAUCUCAGUUCGUUGCAUAUUCUUCUUUUAUUCUGUGGUGUUACAUUUAUUUCGGAAAACAUAGGCGUAGAAGAUGAGUUUAUUGCAGUCGAUGGCAUCCGUGUUCGUAAAUUGGAUCAAAUGAAUGUUCGGUUGGAACAGAAGACAAAAGAAGAAAUGUUGGAAAUGAAAGACAUUUUUGAUGAGGAGGAAGCUAAACUGUAUAACGAGAGCAAGGAAGACACAAAGAAAUUACCGACUAAAUGCCAAGUUUGCCGACUGAUGGUGACCGAAAUUCAGAGAAAAUUGAAAAUAUUUGGAAAAGUAAAAACAGUCACAAGUAAAGGGCGUCCUGUGUAUUAUAAAGACGACAUGGUCAUUUGGCACGUAUUUGACGAACUUUGCGCGGAAAUGAAAAAGUACAAUAUUGACAAGAAAACACCUUUUCGGUAUCGUAGAGGAGUAAAAAGUUUUUUGCGACGACAGGCAGAUGAAAUGACAGCGCAUGCGCCUAAUGUUCAAUGGGUUUGGAAUGUUGACGCUGCAGAUAUUGAUGAUCCAACCGGCGAGAUAAAAAGACUCGAGAAACAGUGUUACAAUAUGUUGGUGAAGUACCAAGACGAUAUUCGAAGAUGGUUUUACGCAUCGCAGGAGAGCAACCCUCUAAAAUGGUUAUGUGCCAAUAAAGUAUUGUCUCGGCGAAGUAGCCAAGGUUGUUUAUGGAUAAAGGACAAGUACAUCGAAGAACUUGUGAAAUAUGACGAACCGAAUAUGAAAGAGGAAACAGCUGUCACGGACACGAAUCAUGACAAAAAGCACCACGAAAUAUAGAAAUAUAUAUGUUAAUAUUGUAUUGAGCAUGCUAAGCAUACUAUAAAAGAGCGAACUUCCGUGUUUAUUUGAAUAUUUGCGUGUUGUCAAACUUCUGCAUGAAGAGUGAG